UGGGACCGGCCGCCUUGCACCCGCUGUCUCUUACCUGCUGUUAGUCAAUUUCACCAGGCAGGCGGCCGCCAGUUGCAGGAGCGGGGCGUGGCUUGGAGCCGAGGAGCCAAUGGGAGCCUUCGACCCAGGACUCCCGUUGAAGGCAUUCAUAAAGGGAAGCCCUUUGGCUCUCUGGCUCGGCUGCUGGCUGCUUGUCACCCUGCGAAGGAGGACUCCGGCGUCGCGGGCACGAGGCUGGGUGCUGUGAGGAGAGGAUAUCCGCGCUACGCUCUGUCCCUCUGAAGCUAUCCUGCGAGAUGGCUGCAAUUAAUGGGACCAUAGAAAAUGGGCAGCCAGAGAAAAAAAUGAACCCGCCGCUACCUCGUCCUAUUAGGAACUUGGAGAUCAAAUACACCAAGAUAUUUAUUAACAACGAAUGGCACAUGUCAAAGAGUGGAAAGCAGUUUCCUACCUAUAACCCUGCAAAGGCUGAGAAGAUCUGUGAUGUCGAAGAGGGCGACAAGCCAGAUAUCGAUAAAGCAGUUGAGGCAGCAAAAACAGCCUUCCAGAGAGGAUCUCUAUGGAGACAAAUGGAUGCUGUGAGCCGCGGACGACUCCUGAACAAGCUGGCCGAUCUCAUUGAGCGAGACAGAGUGGUGUUGGCAACCUUGGAAACAAUGGACACAGGGAAACCAUUUCUCCAAGCUUUCUUCAUUGACCUUGAAGGCUGCAUAAAGACUCUUCGAUACUAUGCUGGGUGGGCUGAUAAAAUCCAGGGGAAGACUAUACCUGUAGAUGAAAAUUUUGUCUGUUUCACCAGACACGAGCCAGUGGGAGUCUGUGGUGCCAUUACACCAUGGAACUUCCCAUUGCUCAUGUUGAUUUGGAAGAUGGCACCUGCUCUGUGUUGUGGAAACACAUUAGUUGUGAAACCUGCUGAGCAAACGCCCCUCACGUCACUAUACAUUGGCUCUUUAGUCAAAGAGGCAGGAUUUCCUCCAGGUGUGGUUAACAUUGUACCAGGAUACGGCCCCACAGCUGGAGCUGCGAUUUCUACACAUCCUAAUGUUGACAAAAUAGCUUUUACUGGAUCAACAGAGGUUGGCAAGCUGAUCAAAGAAGCCGCAUCACAAAGUAACCUCAAGAGGGUGACGUUGGAGCUCGGUGGGAAGAAUCCUUGUAUUGUUUGUGCGGAUGCUGACUUGGACUUGGCAGUAGACUGUGCCCACCAGGGGGUCUUUUUCAACCAAGGUCAGUGCUGCACAGCUGCCUCUCGAGUCUUUGUGGAAGAGCAGGUGUACCCGGAAUUCGUCAAGCGCAGUGUGGAGUAUGCCAAGAAGCGGCUCGUGGGAGACCCAUUUGAUGCCAAAACUGAACAAGGGCCACAGAUUGACCAAAAGCAGUUCAACAAAAUCUUGGAGCUGAUAGAAAGUGGCAAGAAAGAAGGAGCCAAACUGGAGUGUGGUGGUUUAGCCAUGGCAGACCAAGGCCUGUUUAUAAAGCCAACCGUUUUUUCAGAGGUCACAGACAGCAUGCGCAUUGCUAAAGAGGAGAUCUUUGGACCCGUGCAGCCCAUAAUGAAGUUUAAAAGCAUAGAAGAAGUGAUUGAGAGAGCCAAUAACACAGAAUAUGGGCUCACAGCAGCCGUGUUUACAAAGAACUUGGACAGAGCCCUAACGCUGGCAUCAGCACUACAGUCUGGAACAGUCUGGAUCAACUGCUACAAUUCCCUUUUUGCACAAGCUCCCUUUGGUGGCUUUAAAAUGUCAGGAAAUGGCAGAGAAUUGGGCGAAUAUGCUCUGACUGAAUACACAGAGGUGAAAACGGUCACCAUUAAACUGUCACAGAAGACUCACUGAGUGACGAACACCACGAGACCUAAAACUCUGACACUCUGAAUGUUGAUGUAUAGUGGGGGUGGGUGCUAAAAUUUUGGAGGAAAUGCGCAAAUCUUUAAAAAAACAAACAUAUCUUUUUUGAUCUGAGGGCCUUGUUCAGACAUUUGUUUCAGAUAAAAAUGGACGUGCAUGUACAAACAACACCCUAGUAUACUGCAUGCUGGAUGUUAACAAAAUAUGAAUGUCUUAUGCACAAGCCAUGCUCUGCAGCCAGCCUACACUGCUGGUGUAACCUGGACUUCACUGGUGGCUGGAGAUGCAACAAAGGGCCUUCCUAUGCCUGCCAGUGAUGGAAUUUGUAGUUCUAGAGGUUCUGCUGACAGUGAAAGCAAUCCCUUCCAAUUGCCACUUUGUCCAAAUUCUAUCUCGUGGUCUUGUGCGUGGGGGCAGCUCUGGGUGUACAUAUGAGAUGUGCAUGUGUCAGUAUGGUUCCUAAGUAGGGAUGGGGGAAGAAGUUUGAUUCUGUCUGCACUUUCUAAAACAAUAUACAAACUGCAACACAGCCAUCCUUCGAAAUGUGCCCAUCUCCAAAUUUUGUAAUGCAAUUCUCCAAGCAAGUAAUGUGUACAGAAAAGCACAUAUUGGGGUAAAGUGUGCAUUAAAAUGUAUGUAUGAAAAAAUUAGAGGAAACUGCUUUGCAAAAUAUGUAUAUUAUGCAAAAUUGCAUACAAACAUGUCCGUUAAGAGGAACGCACACUAAAAUGUUGCCAAAUUUUCAUGAGGAUUUUUUUUAAAAAACCUGAAAUUGUUGCAGAAAUGAGGAGAACUGGGUUUAGGAUUAGAAAUAUGAGACACUGAGAGAACCAAAAUUCAUCCCUAUUCCUAAAACCCUCAAGUCUGAUUUUUUAAGGGAUACAGGGCAUACAAGACAAACUUGUAUAUACAUUGCAUCCUGUUCCCCAAUGUGAGCUGGUAUAGCACAAUGGGGAGGAGAGCCUGGCUGGGAGUCCACAGUCUGUGAGUUCAAAUCCCCACGUGUCUCCUGGAUGUAAAGGGCCAGCUAAAGAUCACCCCCACUGUGAGUGGCUCAGGGGUUACAUGCCCUGCCACCUGCGCAGCCAUGGGCAAGCUGCAUAGUCCCAAGGAGCCUGGUUGCCUCCCAGCUGGCAGCUGCGGACAAGGAAGGGGCCAGCUUGUGCAGCUGUGGCAAACUGAGUAGGGCCUACCCAGCUGGGGAGGACUAGCCUCAGAGGGAAGCAAUGGUAAACCCCCCUCUGAAUACUGCUUACCAUGAAAACCCUAUUCAAGUCGGGAUCGACUUGAAGGCAGUCCAUUUCCAUUUUUCUGUUUCCUAGCACAGCACCUAUAGAGUCCCAGAUCCCUGGUGUUUAAUGCUGCACACAGAGAGGCCAUAAAGUUUUAAAAGCAAGGCAAGAAAUAUCAUGUGGGUAGGGUUUUUGUUUUACAUGCCAGUUUUCAAGCUGAGAUAGCGUGAACGUUGUAGGAUUCCCCCAGUAGAAAUUUUCUCAUCGGCUAUGGGAAAAGUCAGCUCAGUUUUUUUCUGCUUUAGGACAUUGGGCUAUUUUUACUGGGGGUCAUUUCACAGGCUAUUUAUUUUAGAAGGGUUUGGUAAUAAAACAGCCAGGCUUCAAUUAGGUGAUUAAUCAUUUCUAGCCCUUUAAUUUUGAUGAAUCACGUGCCUAAAAUAUGUACAUACUUGGAGGCUUUAUUUGUGUAUUUUUUUCUUGAGUGAUUUUUCUACAGUAAAUCUUAUUUUGGAGCAUUUUUUAGAAACCUCUCCUUGCCAUACUGCACCAUAUUAAGAUCAAUAAUAAACUUAUAUAUUUGUUUUUUAAAAAAUAGCAAUGGGGUUCCGAUUCUGUGUUUUCAAGCAAAUCUUUUAUUCCUGAAUGUUGUGAUGAAAAGCAAGAGGCAUUACAAGACCCGACAAUCCGAUGAUUGUAAAAGAGUAGCAAAUAGUAAAAUGAGAUUGCAGCAAUAAAAUGAGAUUGCAGCAAUAAUCGGUUCAAUUGUCUGCAUCUUUUUCACUAGAAUCAUGCCAUCUGAGAUUCUGUUUUUAGUGGCUGGCAUCUUAAAUUUGCUGUUUUUUCCCACAUUUUUAAUGUUAACUACUUACUGUAACAGGGUUUAAAAAAUUGUAUACACUGAAUUUUUCUACAUUGGAUUACUAAAGGAUCAUUAGGCACUAAAUGUAAAGUACAAUCCUGUAGAGCUUUUAUAUUCUUUCAUUGCAUGUUAGUGCUUUUUUGUAUGAAAUAUUGCUGUUUAAAUGUUUAAAUAUAUAAAUAUAUAUUUAUAAAUUAGUAUGCAAUUAAUCUAAUGUAUUUUUAAUUGCC